AUGAGCCAGACAGCUCCCCUCCUGGCCGAUGUAGAAGACGAGCCACGAAGCUACGUCCGUGAGCCCAAUGGCCAAGAAGAUGUCAAGCCUGUUGUUGUCCACGGCUCGCCAGACGAUGCUCAAGAGUGGCCGCCCUCUGUCAAGUGGAGCAUGGUGGCCCUGGUGUCGCUUUCUGCCUUCUCAGUAACCUAUGGUUGUCUCUCAGUCGCCCCAGUGGCCACUCGCAUCGCCAACGACCUCGACGGCGGCGACAGCGGCAAGUCCGCUGCCGCACUCCUAGUUACGAUCUGGGAGCUGGGAGAGGCAGCCGGACCGCUGCUUAUCGCGCCGCUGGCAGAGAUGUUUGGGCGCCGGCCGCUGUACAACGUCGCCAAUCUGCUCUUCGUGGCGGCGACGAUGCUCGGGGCGCUGUCAAGGGACAAGGGCGAGUUCGUCGCCUCGCGGGCGCUCACGGGCAUGGCCGUGGCGGCCAACGUGCUCAACCCAGCCAUCAUCGGGGACAUGUUUCCGACAGAGCAGCGGGGCGCGGCCAUGAGCUGCAUCAUGUUCGCGCCGCUCGUCGCCAGCUCCGUCGGCCCGGUGUUCAGCAGCAUCCUUGCGGACCGCAUGGGAUGGCGCUCUGUGCCCUGGACAAGCGCUGCUCUGGCGGCGCUGUGCGUGCUCGCAUUUUCCACUUGCUUUCGGGAGACGUACAGGGCCUCCAUACUUCGACGCAAGAUUACCUGGAUCCGUAAGGAAUCCGAGGAUGAACACUCGUCACAUAUCGAUUCUCUGACGAGGGAGAUCACUGUCGUGGGCAGCCCUACCGGUAUAUGGAGCUCUAUGAUGAGGCCCAUCACAGUGUUUCUUGACUCUGGUGUUCUGGCCUCGCUGUCGCUGUUUGGGUCGCUCAUGUUUUCGUAUUUCUACGUCAUUUCUACGACGCUCCCAGACAUCUUGGAAGAAGUAUACCAGUUUCCGUCAUCCAUGACAGGCUCGGCGUUUCUGGCAAAUGGAGUUGGCAGCUUGAUUGGUGUUGUCAUCUGCAACUUGACCCUGGACAGGAUAUACAUCAAACUCAGCAACGACAACAAUAAGGGAGUCGGCCUACCGGAGUUCCGCCUGCCCCUGACGCUCAUCGGUGUCGCGACGAUGACCCCCGCAGUAGCACUCUAUGGCUGGUGUGCCGAAUAUCGGUUGCCGCUCUAUCUAUUCGUGGUGUCCGUCGUCUGGAUCCGCGUUUCCAUGACGGUCGCGUUUGUGCCGCUGAUGCCGUACGUGGUGGAUGCGUGUGGGACGUAUUCGGCGUCGGCUCUGACGGGCACGAUUGUGAUCCGGUGUCUCGCGGGCACGUUUUGCCCUCUGCUGACGGCAGAGAUGAUAGAGCGUAUGGGGUACGGGUGGGCGUUUACGACUUUGGCAGUGGUGAGCUUGGUGGUUGGUAUCAUCCCUGCGAUGAUUUUCCGUUACGGAUCUCGCUGGAGGCAGCGUUCAAAAUAUACCAAGACCACUGAAGGAGCUUGA